AUCUAUAUUAAACACAACUUCUCCUUUUUCUGCAAAGUAAAACUGUUUGAUUUUCUGUGGAUCAGAGUGCAGCAGGCUGGAUGUGACGAUGGGGCACUCUUUGCUCUGCAUGAUGGGCUUUUUCUUGCUCAGUACAGUCAUCUGUGGAAAUGCUGAAGUUCCCAUUAAGCCCACUGUGACUGUGCAGCCAUUCUGGACUCAGAUAUACAGAGGUGAGACAGUCACUGUCAGAUGUGAGAUUCAGGGAGGUGAAGGAGCUCAGUGGACGUAUGAAUGGAGUCCAGCCAACUUAAACACACCUCCAACAUCCAAUGAAUACAGAAUCAUCACAGUUACUGAGUCUGACAGUGGAGGAUACAGCUGCUUAGGUAGAAGAAACUCCUCCUGGACAGAGUGGAGUAAUGUCAUCACAUUGAGAGUAAUAGCUCCUCCUGAGCCAACUGUGACCCUGCAGCCAUCGGGGACUCAGAUAUACAGCAGUGUGAUAUACAGAGGUGAGACAGUCACUGUCAGAUGUGAGAUUCAGGGAGGUGAAGGAGCUCAGUGGACGUAUGAAUGGACUCCAGCCAAGUUAAACACACCUCCAUCAUCCAGAGAAUACACAAUCAGCGGUGCUACUAAGUCUGAUGGUGGAGGAUACAGCUGCCGGGGCAAAAGAGACUCGUCCUGGACAGAGUGGAGUAAAAGCAUCACAUUGACUGUAUUAUCUCCUUCUAAGCCCACUGUGACCCUGCAGCCAUCCUGGACUCAGAUAUACAGCGGUGAGACAGUCACUGUCAGAUGUGAGAUUCAGGGAGGUGAAGGAGCUCAGUGGACGUAUGAAUGGAGACGAGGCCAGUCAAGGAUACGUUCAACAUCCAGCGAAUACACAACCAUCAGAGCUACUGAGUCUGACAGUGGAGGAUACAGCUGCCAGGGCAGAGCAGACAGGUUCUUCACAGAGUGGAGUGACAUCAUCACACUGACUGUAUCAUCUCCUCCUAAGCCCACUGUGACCCUGCAGCCAUCCUGGACUCAGAUAUACAGCGGAGAGACAGUCACUGUCAGGUGUGAGAUUCAGGGAGGUGAAGGAACUCAGUGGACGUAUGAAUGGAGUCCUGCCAUGUUAAACACACCUCCAACAUCCAGAGAAUACAGAAUAAUCACAGUUACUGAGUCUGACAGUGGAGGAUACAGCUGCCGGGGCAGAAGGGGAAGUUUCUACACAGAGUGGAGUAAAAGCAUCACAUUGACUGUAUCAUAUGAACCCUGUCCUGUCCUCACUGUGUCUCCAUCAUGGCUGAGUCCUGGAGCCUCAGUAACUCUGAACUGUGAGGUUGAACAUCCGUCUGCAGGAUGGAGCUUCUACUGGUAUAAAGCUGUUCCUGAUCUAUCAGAGAAAUCCUCCAGUUAUGAGCUGCUACCUGAUGGCAGUGGGACUGCACAGGACUCCUACAUCAUUCAUGGACAGACACACACAGCAGGAUAUGUGUGCAGAGCUGGAAGAGGAGACCCAGAGUAUCACACUGAUCACAGUCAACCGGAGUUUGUCUGGUCUGCAGAUGUUCAUUCAGCAGCGUCUCUCACAGUGAGUCCUGACAGAGUGCAACACUUCACCUCUGACUCUGUCUCACUGACCUGUGAGGGAAACUUCACUGAGUGGAGAGUGAGGAAGUUCUCUGAGGACGGCCGACUGUACUCUGACUGUAGGAGAAUGACUGGAUCCACAUGUAACAUCAACACAUCAAAGUCAGAUACUGGAGUGUACUGGUGUGAGUCUGGAUCAGGAGAGUUCAGCAGUGCAGUCAACAUCACUGUACAGAAAUAUUUUACUAUCCUGGAGAGUCCUGUUCAUCCUGUGACUGAGGGAGCUUCUGUUAGUCUGAGCUGCAGUUUGAGAACACAAAAAAUACUUUCCAAUGUGUUUUUCUAUCACAAUGACAAACUUAUUCAAAAUGAUACCCGAGGGGAGCUGAAGAUCUCUGCAGUGUCAAAGUCUGAUGAAGGUUUCUACAAGUGUCAGUACUCAGGAGAAGAGUCAGCACAGAGCUGGAUGUCAGUUAAAGUAACUGUGUCAGGAGCUGACAGCUCUUCAUCUCCUGUGUGGUUGAUGGUUGGACUGGUUUGUGGAGUCUCUCUCAUUAUUAUUCUCCUGCUCUUGUUGUAUCGCUGCAGACAGUCCAAGUAUUCCUGCUUCACCAGGUCGAUCCAGUCUGAGAGUCACAGUCCGGGCUCCUCCACAAAUCAUGGAGUCAACCAGAAUGAAACUCAUGUGUACAACUCUGUUCAUCCUGGUACCAAUCACAUCUAUGACUCAGUUACGCUGGUUGAAGACAACAGAAAUGGAUCAGAUGAACAUCAAGAUGUCACAUACGCUCUUAUUGAACUUAAAAACUUUGAAAAGAAGCGGAAGCAUCAUAAACCAGAGCAGAGUGCUGUUUACUCUGAGGUGAAGAUGGGAGCUGCAGAGGACAGUCUGAUGUAUGCUGAGGUCAAACGCCCCAAAAAAGAAAAAGCCAAGAAAAAAGCAGGAAAAUCAAGUCCUGCAGCUGAUGCAGCAGUUUAUUCUGAAGUCACAUUAGGAAGCUUUCCUGGUCAGUGAGGAGAGCUGCAGCAGCAAAGCCAAGAAGAAGCAUUUUAUGAAUCCACUGUUGCUCCUCUGCUGCCCAAAUAUCAGACAUGCUCAGUCUUUAGUUUUAAUGAUAUUGAAUAAUAACAUGAUAUAUAGUUGGUACUGUAUUUUAGCAUAAAGCACACAGAGAUGUGUCCUGUUUCAGAUUCAUGCUCUUUAUAUUUAGCUGAUAUUUUUAUUCAUUGUUGAGCUUUAGUGUAUCUCUCUUGUAUUUUAAUCUGAAGCUGUGAAUGUUAUUUUUUAUUUUAAUGUUUGCUGUUCUCACUUUU